GACAGACAGAGAGAGAGAGAGCGAGACAGAGAGACAGAGAGAGAGAGAGAGAGAGAGAGAGAGAGAGAGAGACAGAGAGAGAGAGAGAGAGAGAGAGAGAGAGAGAGAGAGAGAGAGAGAGAGAGAGAGAGAGAGAGAGAGAGAGAGAGAGAGAGAGAGAGAGAGAGAGAGAGAGAGAGGCGGGUGCUUGGCUCGCAGUUUGACGUCAGUAGUCCUCACACAUGGGCUCGGUGAUCAGUGAUCAGUGAUCAGUAAUCAGUAAUCGGUGAUCGGUGAUCGGUCCGUCCUCCUCCAGCUGUCCGGUCAUUCAGCUUUUUAUUCUGGAGCCCAUGUAGGAUCCCCCAGAGGACCUCAGCGCAUUCUCUCUUUCUCUCAGUAUUUUUGCUUUCGUUUGUUUGUUUGUUUGUUUGUUUGUUGUUUUCCUGCUCGGUCGGACCCGCCAAUGCAGGGAGGAGUGAUGGAGAAAAUGUCCCGACAUCCCGUCCCGCUCAACCCAAGUUUUCUCCCCCCGGCGACGCACGGAGUCCUGAAGUCUCUGCUGGAGAACCCGAUGAAGCUGCCGCUGCAUCAUGAAGCUUUCAACAAGGAGCAGGAGAAGGAGAAGAACCUGGAGGAGGAGCGCAGCGUCCCCCAGUCAGCCUUUCUGGGCCCCACGCUGUGGGACAAGACCCUGCCCUACGAUGGCGACACCUUCCAGCUGGAGUACAUGGACCUGGAAGAGUUCCUGUCGGAGAACGGCAUUCCCUCCAGCCCCUCUCACCACCACCACCAACACCACCAACACCACCACAACCAGCACCAUCCACACGCUCCACAACGCCAGCCACCAAUCAUGCCUCAAGCCCCGCCCACGCCUGCGCCCUCGGUGAUGGACCUCAGCAACCACGCCUCAACCUCCGUACACACAAGCGUCGUCUCUCCAGACUGCCUCCACAGCAGCCCAGCAAGAGCAGGCCUCCCAAACUCCAGAAACACUCCCAGCCCCAUCGACCCAGACUCCAUCCAGGUUCCUGUCGGAUACGAGCCCGACCCAGCCGACCUGGCUCUGUCCAGCGUUCCAGGUCAGGAGAUGUUCGACCCGCGCAAACGCAAGUUCUCGGCCGAGGAGCUGAAACCACAGCCCAUGAUCAAGAAAGCUCGCAAGGUCUUCAUCCCGGAAGACCUGAAGCAGGAUGACAAAUACUGGGCCAGGCGCAGGAAGAACAACUUGGCGGCCAAGCGGUCCCGGGAUGCAAGGCGGCUCAAAGAGAACCAGAUCGCCAUCCGAGCCGGCUUCCUGGAGAAGGAGAACUCAGCUCUGCGGCAGGAGGUGGGCGAACUAAGGAAAGAGCUGGGACGCACCAAGAACGUCCUGGCCAAGUACGAAGCACAGCACGGACCGCUGUGAGGAACCACACACUCUCUGAGAAGGAUGACCCCGCCUCCUCCUGAUCCAGCAGCGACCCUCCUUUCACUUCUCCGCCACUCGCAGUACUGAUGGCUCGAUUUGCGGCAGGUGAACAUAUACUUUCAAACACGGAAAAAAACUUAAAGGACCAGUCUGCUGUUAUUCUCUAUUUUUCUUAUUGUCAACAAAUCUCACGUUCAGACUGAAACCAACAGCAGUCCGUCUCUCAAUACUGUCUGACUUCCUGCCUGCUCAUUGGUUCCUACUCACAAAUAUAAAGUUUAAUGUUUAAAAAUGUCCUAUUUUUAUCAAACAAACAGGAGGGAACAGGGCAUUUGUUGGGAACUAUUUUCAGCGGCGGAUGAAUCCACAUUUGGUGCAGCAGGACGGUGUAUAGAUAAACAAGAAGGAAGAUGUCACCUGGUGCAACUUUAGACGUGUUUCCAUCAAAAUGUGUCGCAAAUUUGAACCCAGUUUCGAGUAAAUCAGCAAAAGAAAAUAUGAAUGCUCGUCUCCAUCCACCGUUAUUAUUAGGAGAUGGUUCAUCGAGAUGAGCAGUAGGUGGCGAGAGGAGGAAGAGGCAUUGAAUUUUGUUGUUUCCAAUCAACCUUUUUUAAUGCGAUGCACAUAAACAUUUGCUGAUAGAAGCGCCAGCGUGGCUCACUGGUGUGUUUCUCUGUGGCAGAGGAAGAGGAAGAGGAAGAGGAAGGCUGUGAUACACACUCACUACCUGCUGGUUUGGGAUUUGUUGGCAAUAACAGAAAUCUUGAAUAUUAACGCACGUUUUAUUAGCUUUUAUUUUUGGCCCUUCUUUCCGAGCCAGGAGUAUUAUCAACACGUCUGUGCAGUAUUCCUCCCAGCUAACGUUUCCGUGGCAACCAGCAGCCGUGUAAAGACGGGCAGUUUGCUCCUGCCAUCAGUCGAGCUCAUUAUUCAGGAUCAUUCGAUACACACACACACACACACCUGUGAUCCCCCCUCACGGACUCCUCUUUGACUCAAACUGCCGCCCUCAUUGACCCACCUGACGUCUGACCUCCGACCCCUCCUCUCCCAGUGGCAUGGUACCAGCACUUUAGAACUACCGACGCCUCGCUCUCUAUAAGUUGUUUUUUUUAUACGCGCAAAAUUUGUUAGCACCCAAAUUUGUUAACAGUCCCUAAAAUGUGUUAAAAUCUUCAAGUCUGCUGUAACAACAUCAGAGAGUGUAUCUUUAAAUACUUCAGUUAUGACAAAGACAGUUAAGAGAGGAACCCAAAGAGAGUCUGUUUGUUUAUGGGGCCACAACCGACCAGCAACACAUUUUACUGUCAGUGUCUGAAUUGAGACUGCAGCUCAUGUGAUUGUUAAUGUGAUAUUUCCCCUUUAGUUCGGUGUCUUCAGUGUCUGUAUAAUGAUUGUGUAUCCUCCUCUUCUGCUGUAUCUACUUGUAAAUUUGUCUGAUGAUCGUCUCUGUGUGUUUGAGAUAAUCUUUUUGAAUCUUGCCAUCGGACACACGCUAACUUGCGGUGAUGUUCAGUCUGAAAAGCUGCUGCCUGCUGGGACAUAAAAACAGAGACAAACUGUAGAAAUCUCAGCACUGCUGGAAGUUACAAUAAUGUAGAGCUUUGCUUUUUACACACUGAUUUGUUUUUAGUUUACAGCGGUUAAUUGUAAGUUAGUAUGAAACCAGUUGCAUUAUAGAGCCUCCAAACCAUCAUCCAUUCUUAGUUUGCUCAAUCUCACAUAACUUUUUAGAAAACACAAAGAACAGUUGAUACUCCAAACUAAAUAAUAUUUGGAAUCUUUUCGAUGCUAUCUUGUGCAAACAGGAUACAAAAGUGUUUGCCUUGUAAGAUCUUCACAGGCUUCCUUCCUGCUGACUGCAGUAUAUCAUAAAGCAGUGGUUCCCAACCUGGGGAUCACGUGGCCUUCUUGAUUUUAAGGUGUGCUAGAAAUCAGUUUGAGACCCCUGCUUUAAUGGAUGGUGGCUGUCGCUUCCUCUGAGUAUGAAUACAGGUUGAGGAAGGCAUUUGCAGGGAUUUCUACAGUUAUGAACCAGUUGGCACAAACUGAACUGUGACCUGACAUGUCGGGUGGCAUCACAGCUCGCGUUAUACAACCUUAUGCUGCCCAUAUGUCAGCGUUACAACAGCGGCGUGUUUGAACUGUCACUGCCUCGUUCUCUCUGAACUGUUUUUGUGGAUUUUCCUUCUUUACACACUUUAAUCUACUUUGUGUGUUGUGUUGAGGACAAAAUGUCAGAAAUGUGCUGCUGUUUUUUUUUUUGUCCCUGCAGGCUCAUUAAACAGUCAGUACUGCAGUCCGCCAUUACACAGGAAAGAAACAAAUACUUUUUAACAACCUGGUUCUUGUUUCAUACGUGGGCUUUUAUUUAAAAAAGAACAAACUUAAGACCCAGAUUGUCAAAAAAACUUAGUUAAAGAGUAACUAAACCCCCAAAACUUUCUGCGGAAAACCUCUAAAUGGAUAUUUACUUGGACAUAUUAGUGCAAAGUAUUUGAAUUCUACAUAUUGUGCUAUAAAUAUUCAUAUUAGCUUGGAUAGUGUUACAACACAGGCAGCACACAGAAACUUGAAUGUGCUUCUAGUGACUGUAAAAGCCGCGACCAGAAGGGGAGUGAGCGGAUUUGAGGGGUUUAGUUACAUUUUAACAAGCUAAUACGUGCUGUUGCUGUUUGUUGAUCACUCUCUUCAAACUGGCCAAGAGAAGGUGUUUAAAGAUUGAACAGGGUUUUCCUUUUAAUUCACUAUAGAAACCAAACUGUUUCCCUUCAGUGCAAUAGAUGGUUCUUUAUGGCUUUGGCAUGAACUUUUAUUUUUAUUUGAACUCUGUCGUAUUUUCCGAGGUGCGCCCCCCGGUGGCCGAGUGAGACAUGAAUGUAUAUUUGAAACAGUGCGUUGGGUGAGUGGUGUUGUCUUAUACUGUGGAAUCACUUUAAUACUCUUUACUACAGACCAAAAGAAUACAGUAUAUAAAGGAUAUAUUGAUAUAUUAAAGGUUUUAAUGUUUAUACAGAGAUAUUCUUCUUGUUUUUUGUACAGUCUGUUUUCCUACAUAGAUAUUUCCUGUGUAUUUUGGAAAGGUUACAUGAAUAUAAGCAGUAUAUAACACAUAUAUUCAGAAAUAUUAACAAAACUGCGUGCCCGACCAGUGUGGGCGAUGCAUGGGCAUUACAGAAAUCCUCCACGGUUUGUCUGAUCCUUUCCUCCCUGCGUAGUUGAAAUACCUCAAACCCCCCUGACUUUCUUACCCUCCGUCACAGCUGUGCACAGGUGCAGCUGAUUCAACUCUUGGGUAGUUUUUUGCACCAGGUGAUCUGCUCCUCGCCUUUCAUUUGUCAGCGAGGACACAGUCGCCUCCACACAGAUGCUAACGUACGUAUAGUUUCAUGGCUAUAUUGGGCCUAGAGGAAUGUAUCUACCCGACCCGAAGCACUUAUUUUUAAUUUUAUUCCUUUUGUCCGCUGUGAUUAAUCUCUCUCCUGCAUCCUGCUGUUCACUUCUCUCUGCUUCUUCAGAGCCUCUGCAGCUCUGUUUGAAUCUGUGUUCAAAGAUAUUUUUCCUAUAUUUGUCCUUGAUUAUGUUUCUCAUGAUCAAAAUAAGAAUAAAUAAAUAAAAGUUAAAACCUG